AUGUCUGGGGAAUCCUUAUAUGAGUAUUAUGAGCGCUUUAAGGCAUUGUUAUCCAGUUGUCCUCACCACCAAAUUUCAGAUACAUUGUUGAUUCAAUAUUUUCAUGAAGGGCUCUUGCCUCUUGAGAGAGAUUUACUAGAUUCUGCUGCUGGAGGUGCUCUUCUUGACUUGACUGUUGAAGCUGCUUGGAGAUUGAUUGAAAAGAAAGCUGAAAAUACCCAACAGUUUGGUACUAGGCAGCAAGCUAGAGUAAAUGAAGUUGGAUUGCAUUCAUCUUAUUCUGAGUCUCGCCUUGAGAGCAAAAUUGAUAAGUUAACAUCUGCUAUGGAGAAAAUGGUUGUAUUUCAGAUGAAAAACUCCCAAAAUAUGGCUCCUUCUGUGGGAUCUUCCUCUGCUUUCAUCCCACAAGCUGACUCUACAGCUCUAAUUGGGCCACUUUGCUCUAUUUGCUCUCUAGCUACUCACACCACUGACUCUUGCCCUUACCUAAAUGAUGGAGUUGACUCGUGUAAUGCAGUAUACCACACUAAGCCUAUGACUCAAGGUGGCCAGAAAUAUGAUCCUUACUCAAAUACAUACAACCCUGGAUGGCGUGACCAUCCAAAUCUCAGAUAUGGGAGUGGCCAGCCUCAACAAUCACAGUUCAAUCAAGGCAUAAACUCUUCUGGUGGUAAAAUGUUCCAACAAGUUAGGCAAACUAUGCCCAAUCAAGAUGAGAGUUCAAAGUUAGAAGGCAUGAUGAAACUCCUGAUGGAUAAGUUUGAACAAAAGGAUUUGCAACAUAGCCAAGAAAUUCAGAAUCUUCAAACUCAAAUUGGGCAGUUAUCUAAUGCAUUUAGUAACAUGCAAAGUCAAGGCUCAGGGAAGUUGCCAUCUCAAGUAGUAGUUAACCCUAAUGUUGGCACCCAGCAGAAUCCUAACAUUGGUGGAGUUAAUGCUAUAUCUCUUAGAAGCGGAAAUUCAAUUACCUCUGCAGAUCCUGUCACUACCCAUGCUUCAACGGACAAGGAAGCUAUCAUUAAAGAUUCUCCCCCUGCUUCCACAUCGCAUAAUAAGUCCACUUUAUCAACACCACAUGUGGCAUUGCAAGAAGAGCAAGAAAAAGAUGGGGAAGGGAAGAAAGUGAGCGAGCAAGUCUUACCUUUUCCUACAGGGGUGAUUAAGGCUGAAAGGAGAAAGAAAGAAGCUGAGAUGUUCAAAGAAGUUUAUGAUAUCUUCAAAAAGGUGGUGAUCAAUGUUCCAUUAGUUGAUCUAGUUGCACAAGUGCCUAAGUAUGCGAAGUUUUUGAAGGAGUUGUGUACCACCAAGAGAAGGCUUAAGCAUGAUGGCAAAGUUGACUUAGGGGCGGUUGUCUCCUCUCUUUAUCAAAUGCCAAUGCCAGUGAAGUGCAAGGAUCCUGGUAGCUUUCUCAUACCGUGCACCAUUGGUAACAUUGAGUUUUCAGAUGCUCUAGCAGAUCUAGGAGCGGCUAUCAAUGUCAUGCCAAAAUCAGUUUUUGCUCAACUUCAAGGUGUGGAUCUUAAGCCUACAAAUCUAAUCGCUUCUCUUGCUGACAGACGCUGUGUAGUUCCAGAAGGAGUCUUGGAGGAUGUCUUGGUGAAGGUAAAAGAUCUCAUAUUUCCUGCAGACUUCUAUGUUCUUGAUAUGGAUGAUGCUAGAUUUAGGCAAAAGGGACAUUCAUCUUUGAUUUUGGGUAGGCCAUUUCUUAAGACUGCUAGGGCUAUGAUAGAUGUGCAUGCUGGUACUCUUACUAUGGAAUUUGCUGGUAAAAUCAUUAGAUUUGAUGUGCUUGACUCUAUGAGACAUCCACCUGAUAGUUGUGCUGAGAUUGAUGUUAGUUUUGUUGACAUUAUUACUGAUGAUGCUGUCAUAGAUUUUAGAGAUAGUAUGAUAAGUAGAUCAUGUGAUAUUGUUGGCUUAGAUGAUUCUAUCUCUUGUUCAUGUUCUGAAAUUGGUAGUUGUGAUACUUGUACUGGUAUAGAUGCUGCUGAUAUUGAUGUUUUCACUGAUUUCAUUGAGAUUGUUAGACAUUCUAGUUUUGAUUCUUCUGCACCUGUCCAUAGACUUGGCACUUUCAGUGAUUCCUCAUCUAGUACUUCUGUUGAUUCACAUGGACUCUCUCAGUUACUUAGUGUGAUUGAUGCUAUAGAUGCAACUGAUUCAUCUACAUUACCUGACUCUGAGCUGUUAGUUAACAUUGAUCAUGUCCCUGAUAUAGAGGUCUCUGAUUUUGAUCCCGAUGUUGCUUCUGACAUGAGUGCUACUGAUGGCACUUCUUUCAUGAAUUGUGGUGUAUUAUCUGAUUCUUCUGUUGUUACUGUUCCUGCUAAUGAUUCCCAAGUUGGGAAAGUCUGCUCUUUUGCUUGUGAGUCUUCAAUGCAGGUUUCUAGUUUGACUAACAUUGAUUUGAAGCCCCUCGUGCCCUCAAUUGAGCAAGCUCCUUCUUUAGAGCUAAAGCCACUUCCUGAUUCGCUGAAAUAUGCCUAUUUGGGGGAAGAUGAGACAUUGCCAGUGAUUCUAGCUAGCGACAUAGCUGUUGAUGAAGAAAUUCGCCUCCUGGAGGUGCUGAAAAGAAGGAUGAAAGCUAUUGGAUGGACUCUUGCUGAUAUUCCUGGAAUUAGCCCUAAUGUGUGCAUGCACCGGAUUUUGUUAGAUAGUGCCAAAGCUGUGCGUCAGCCACAGAGGCGACUCAACCCAUUGAUUCUUGAUGUGGUAAAGAAAGAGGUUUCUAAACUUCUUUCUGCAGGUAUAAUCUAUCCCAUUUCUGAUAGCCAGUGGGUUAGUCCGGUUCAGGUAGUUCCGAAAAAGACUGGUAUUACUGUUAUUCGUAAUGAUGAAGGUGAGCUUGUUCCAACUAGAGUCCAGAAUAGCUGGAGGGUUGAUAAAGCCAAAAUUGAUAUUAUUUCAUCUCUUCCAUAUCCCUCUUGUGUGAAAGAUGUGCGCUCUUUUCUUGGACAUGCUGGAUUUUACAGGCGAUUCAUUCAGGACUUUAGUAAAAUUGCAUUACCAUUAUCUCGUUUACUGCAGAAAGAUGUGGGCUUUGUUUUUGAUGAUGCUUGUAGGUGUGCUUGGGAUGAGUUGAAAAAGCGACUCACUACACCUCCUAUCAUUCAGCCACCUAAUUGGAGCCUUCCCUUUGAGCUCUUGUGUGAUGCUUCUGAUUAUGCAUUGGGUGCAGUUCUUGCUCAGAGAAUAGAAAAGCGGCAACAUAUCAUAGCAUAUGCAUCACGGACACUGGAUGCCACCCAGGCUAAUUACACAACCACAGAGAAAGAGCUAUUUGCAAUUGUGUUUGGGCUUGAGAAAUUUCGUUCUUACAUCCUCCACACAAAAGUGACUGUCUUUACAGAUCAUUCGGCUAUCAAGUACUUGUUCAAGAAGCCAGACUCCAAACCCCGCUUGAUUAGAUGGGUAAUGCUGAUACAGGAGUUUGAUGUGGAGAUCCGUGAUAAGAGCGGUGCAGAGAACAUGGUAGCUGAUCACUUGAGUAGGAUUGAGACUCCUGUGGUAACAUCUUCUUUACCCUUAGAUGAUUUUCCUGAUAAUAGACUUUGUGGAGUUGAUAUGACUGUUCCGUGGUAUGCUGACAUUGCUAAUUAUCUGGCUGCAUCUGUUUUACCAACUGAUAUGAAUAAGCAUCAAUUAAACAAGUUUAAGAGUGAUGCUAGGUUCUAUAUAUGGGAUGAUCCCUACUUGUGGCACAUUUGCAAUGAUCAGGUUAUUAGGCGAUGCACUGAUAGUGAAUUUGAAUCUGUGUUGACAUUUUGCCACACCCUUGCUUGUGGAGGGCACUUUAGUGCUAAGCGUACUGCUAGGAAGGUUUUAGAAAGUGGGUUAUUCUGGCCCACUCUAUUCCAUGAUGCCCACGAGUUUUGUAAGAAGUGUUCUAGGUGCCAAUUUGUUGGCAAUAUUUCCAGGAAGCAUGAGAUGCCUCAACAGCCACUGUUGUUCUGUGAAGUCUUUGACGUUUGGGGUAUUGAUUUCAUGGGACCUUUUCCUACUUCAUUUGGUUAUGUUUACAUUCUGCUUGCUGUGGAUUAUGUCUCUAAGUGGGUUGAGGCAAUCCCCACUCGUACUAAUGACUCUUCUGUAGUGGUUUCUUUUGUCAGGUCUCACAUCUUCUGCAGGUUUGGAAUCCCAAGAGCUAUCAUUAGUGAUCAGGGUACUCAUUUUUGCAACCGAAGUAUGCAGAGCUUACUGAGCAAGUAUGGUGUGAUGCAUAAGGUGGCUACUCCAUACCACCCUCAGACAAACGGUCAAGCAGAACUCUCAAACAGAGAAAUUAAGCUCAUUCUUGAAAAGACAGUGCAACCUAACAGAAAGGAUUGGAGCAAGAGGCUGGAUGAUGCACUCUGGGCAUAUCGUACAGCAUAUAAAAGCCCAAUUGGAAUGUCCCCAUAUCGAAUUGUCUUUGGUAAGGCUUGUCAUCUGCCAGUAGAGGUGGAGCACAAGGCAUAUUGGGGCAUCAAAAGCUGUAGCCUUGAUCUUGCUAGUGCUGGUGUUGAAAGAAAGUUACAAUUGCAAGAACUUGAAGAGCUUAGGAGAGAAGCCUAUGAGAAUGCUCGGAUCUACAAGGAAAGGACCAAGGCUAUCCAUGAUAAGCUCAUCUUAAGACGGGAGUUUCACGUGGGCCAAAAAGUUCUACUUUAUGUCUCUAGACUUAAAUUCAUGCCUGGUAAGCUCCGUUCUAGAUGGGAGGGACCUUUUAUUGUUACUACUGUUUUUCCCUAUGGUGCUGUAGAGAUUAAGAGAGAGCCAACUGGAAGAUGCUUUACAGUCAAUGGUCAUCGCUUGAAGCCCUACUAUGAGGGGUUCUCUACCCAAGAUGUAGAGGUUAUCACACUACGAGACGCCAUGUAG